AUGAGCCUUUCCGAAGAGCCUCUCCCACCUCUUCACUAUACGGUGAACCAGUCACUCCCGCCAGUACAACAUGGACGCUCACAGGUUGCAAAGCGGAUUUGUACCGCCGCCUCGAUGUUGGCACUGGACAAGCUUGCUGAAAUUCCCAAUAAGACGCCUUUUGGCCUCUCCCGCUGGGUGAUCUUUGGUAUUUUCUUGGUGUAUUCGUUUCUGACCGGGCCCUGCUACUGGAAUUGGACUGCUCUCGCAGAUAUCUUUUUUAUACGUGACGGCUAUCUUUGGCGGUGUGAGGCCGAAGACCUAGAUAUGGCAAGGCGUAUCGAACAGGCGAAGUGUGACAGCCAAGAUGUGGCCGUACAAAAUCUUUUCACAAUCAUCGUGGCGUCCGAUUUCUCUUUCUCUUGUUUGUCUGGCAUCAUUCUUGACUAUGCUGGCCCCGCAUCACGGGUGUAUUUGGAGCAUGUAUUCUGCUUCUCGCUUGGUGUAUGUUGGGUGGUGGGAAUCCUGGGAGCGUCACGUUCUUUGUCAAAUGCCAUUCCUCUUCUAUUGCGAGCCAUCGCCAUAAACAACCCACGUUUGGCACAACCGCUAUUUUACGGAUACGGUGGUGUGUGCAUUGGUGUUUGCGUUCUGAUCGCGGCUCUGUUCUUCCCGGCCCGCCCGUGGCAACGGCUCCCUUCACUAGCAAAGGUCGCUGCUGAAGGCCUGCCGGACACUGCGGAGAGCCCGGAGGAUCAUGAAGAGGCUAACAGCCCCCUCGUUGAAGCCAGCGUUGCGCCUGAGGAGAGCAACCAUCUUUUUGCAGGGCCUCUUUCAACCUUAGGAUCCCGUGUGUUAUCAUUCCGCAGUGAAGGAGAAGAAGCUCCCAGGGUUGUGGACCAGCUCGAAGUCGCAGUCGUUCGGCAAGAUACCCUGGUGACGUUGCAGCGUGGUACAACUGCAACAGCGAUCUCACGAUGGUCGGAUUGGAAGAUGUUCUUUGGGGAGGUGUUCUCCCUAGUCUUUGUUCCACUCUGCAUAUAUGAAGCGCUGAUGCUUAUAUCAUCCAGUUUUUUCUCGUCCGCGGCUCGUCGCCUGAUCCCUGAGGCGUAUGAAGCCAACCAGAUUAUCCAGAUUUUCUGUUUUCUGCCUGCCCCUCUCCUGGGCCUGCUAGCUGACAAACGUGGAAUUCUUGUAACCAUGGUCGUUCUAAAUGGUGCAGGAAUGCUGGCGUUUAUCCUCGCAGUGAUUCCCGAAGUACCUGGCGCUGUAGCAUGCCAGUACAUGGCGUGUCUUUGCAUAGCGAUCAACAGUUCUUUUAUCAUCAGUCAAAUCUACUGCUAUGUCAACCAGAGUUUUCAGGAAGGUCACGCGGGAAAGCUAAUCGGGCUUGCAUGUCUCGUUGCAGGACUCCCUUCCCUGGCGGCAAACGCAAUGCUCUCGACUGCAGUGAACGAUGGGUUUCUGGGUAUCAUGUUCCUGUGUAUCGGUUUCUUCAAAUUGAACUUCAUCCUCAUAGGAGCGCUAGCUGUUUACCGCAAACAAAGAGCCAGAAAGGUCAUUGAGGAAACCCAGGGGGCGUUUUUCCCUACUCCGGGACCAGUGUGA